AUUUAACUUAAUUUCCGCCGCGUACGUCGCUCGCCGUCGCUGCCUCUGAAAUCGCAACCGCCGCUGCCUUCUUCCUCUCCUCCUCCGCCUCCACCCGCUCCCCGUCUCAUGAACGUCCCUAAGCGCUACCGCUCCCUGCGCAGGACGAAGCCCGACGCUUCUGCCGCCGCGGGUCCUCCGCGGCCGUCGGUGCCGGCAGUGCCAACCCUGCCCGCGAUCAAGAGCGGCGGUCUACUCGCAAGCGGCUCUACCGCGACCGGCAACCAUCAACAAACCAGAUCCGCCGGCCCUGAGCUCUCGACUCCCGCCCACUCGCGCUCGACGGGUCCACAGCUCACCGUCACCAUCGAGAUCUUCGACGCAGAUCACCCGAUAUCGCUCGCGUGUGCCCCGACAACCACCGCGACCGCGUUGAUCGGGCUCGCGGUCUCUGCCGCCCAGCGCCAGCGCGGCAUGCGUAUCAGCCAGCCCGUGUCCGCCCUGCGUAUCCACGAACUCUGUCAGAACCACGACAUAUCUCGCGACUUAUUCGGCUGCGAGCUCAUCGACUCCGUCAUCAAGGACUGGGACCCAAAGAAAGUCAACAGUCUGCGCUUGGUGCCUGCCAUCUCGUCGUCGACCCAAAACGACUCUAGAUUCUCAGAGUUUGUCCCGCCGGUAUCCGGCUGGAUCCGUGUAAAGCUGAAACCAUCCAAGUGGUCCAAACGCUGGGCGUUUGUCGAAGACUCGUUUAUUUACAUCUCCAAGAAGCCAAGCUCAAAACCAAAGGACAAAGUCCUGCUCUGCAAUCUGUCUUAUGUCAAUUUCUACACCCUCGCGCCUUAUCACCUCGCGCAAAUAGGAUCACCAUCUCAGUUCUGUUUUGCGCUAAAGUCUACCAAGAAGCAUGCCAUGUUUGAGAACCAGCAUGCGUUUCUCCACUUUGUUGCCUGCAACGACCGUCCGAAUAUAGAAAUGUGGCAGCGAUCUAUCCAGUCUGCGCGGUUCCUCGAAGUUAGCAAAGAGUCACAAGAGCGGCUCGAGAUCUUUUCGCAAACACAGACAGCGAACUCCCGGGCUGGCCCGUCGAAUGGCCCGCUUAUCUCUCACGAGGAUCUCAAGAUGAAACCCGCAGAGCAUACAGCGGUGCAAGUUCCACCACCUCUUCUCGCAAUCGAACAGUCAUCCGUGAACCUGAGCAAUCCAGUCAAACGUCACAAGAGUACAUUACAGAGCUCAAGAACCGUGAAAUUAAAGGACGUGCCAGUUGUAUAUCAGCCAAAGCCCGACGUGGCAGUCACGAAGGACUCACUACUCGAUAAACUCAUGCACGGCGAGAACCUCGCAAGCACCUCAAACAUACCCAACCCCGAAGAUUCCGUCAAACGCACGUCGUACGACGAACCCGGCUCUCGCUAUCUUGAUCGUCCGUCAGGUCACAACGUCCGAAGAACAGGCUCGACGAGAAGAGAUGCAGGCUACAGUGCUCCCGACUCCUACAGCAGAGGCUCAUCAGACUUUGACCGAGCGCGAAUUAACGAAGCUAGCGCGCGAAGCACGAAUCAUUAUUCCGACUCCCACGAGAUCGUCGACCCGACACCGCAACACGCGACACGCUUAUCAGCCGAAAUCCAUUCAUCGAAGAAGAUUGAGGACGACGAAGACGAGAAUGUGCCUUUAUACAAGAAGCUCCAGCAGUUGGAUUUGAACGUUGGAUCCAAGAAUCCAUUCUUAGAUCCGGAUCUUCUCGCUCUUCCCGGCGCGAGAAGCUCAGAACCUGCCGAGACAAUCACAAAUCCAGAGCCGGUGCGUACCACACCCACGCCUCAGCUCUUCUUACCGACCGAGAACCUGUUUGAUUCUCCCACGCAACCUGUCCAUCAAAGCCAAAUAGAAGCUCAGACAACGAGCUGGAACAUGCCUUUGGCUCCUCAACCGAUCUCUCCUGUCUUUCAGCCCCAGCAUGAAGCAAGUUAUUUUCCGCAGCAGCAACAGCAAGACGAUAUAUUUGGCUUGUCUGCCCAUGGAAAUCCUGCUGUACCGUACUCUGCCCAAGGGUCCACCAUGUUUGAGAAUGGCGAUCACGUCUACAGAAGAUCCGAAGAGGACCAGGGUGUCACACGAACCGCAUCGCGGUACCGUCACCAAAGCAACAGUAUCCGCCACCCUCAAUCCCAUGUUCUGCAGCAACAACAACAACAACAGGCACAACAGGCACAGCAGCCGCAGUAUUACCACCCCCAAGAGACGCAUUACCAGCAAGCAAGUGUGCCUCAGAAUACCUUUUAUCAGCCUCAUGCAUACUACCCCGACAAACAUCCCAGUUCUCCAACGCAUAUCUACCGUGCGCCCCAAGAGCCUGACGGACUUUUCGAUCAUCCCAUGACAUCAUCGUCAUCGCCCCGCGGCAUCGGUCGCUCGCAAUCCACCCGCGCUGGAUCCUCUACGACCGCAGCAGCAGCAGCAGCGGCAGUGCGUGCACGUGCAGAAUUCGCUGCUACGAACGAUACUUCAGGUAUGCGCCGGUCGAUGACCACGACGCGGAGGAAAGUGCCUCCGCCGGCUAUGCAGAAACCGUUGAUUACUGUCAGGUCUGAGGCUGAGGUUGCUGUCGGACGACCGAUGUUUAACCAGGGAAGUUUGCUGGAUAGAAUGAAUAGAUGAUUAGUGCUAGUGAAGGAUGAACAAGUUUAGUUGCGAGGUUGCUGUAAGACUAGAUGUUGAUAUUGCUAUGAGGUACGAUGAAUGUACUAUUAGACCUUUGUAUUUACAAUACAUUU